UUGCAGCCGCGGUCCCGUAUGGUUGUUCGACCGAGCGCUGUGUUUCGAUCCACGUAACUGUCGCCGUUGCCGUAUUUAAUCGGUCGUUUCCGUCGUCUGGAACGUGACCGUUCCACGCUGCGUGUCUGACGAAACGACGCUGUUUACGCUUGUUCAGCUUGGAUCGAUCGUUAACAGUGUUACAGUUCUGUUUGUGGUAUCGACUCGAAAGAGGCUCAGGAUGACAAUGGGCUAAACCGGUGAUACCGUUGAAGCAUCGGAAACGUUGUAGCUGAAUUUGGGUCAAUGGAGUAACGUGUUGGUGUAACGUACUUGUCAACGAUUGGAAUACCGUGAGGUGCGGCAUUUUCUGAUAAUCGGGAGAAUAUAACGGUGUCGUUGCUAUAUAAGUGGUAUCGGUCGCGGGUUUUGUAAGAUGAGCCCGGCCUCCCAGGGCGGCGUGGAGGUGGAGCGUUACAUCGGUAGUUGUUUGAUAUCGUCGAGCAUCAGGCCAGGAUCGCACAAGCCAAUCGUCGGUAGGAAACAGGAAGCUGUGAUUCGCGGGAAAACGCGAGGCUGUUACGGAACUGUGAACUUCCCGAGCGGAACGGAACAAUGUCAGAUGCAGUACGGACCGGGCGGUUGGACGGGCGCUCCGUUGAUAUCCAUGACGUCCAGCCCUCGCAGAUGCACGCAGAGAUCGUCGCCGUCGCUCGGUCAGCAGCAACAGCAACAGCAACAAUCACCAUCGCCGCAGCAGCAACAGCAGGCUUGCGAUCAGCAAGUAUCGGUUCACCUACACAAGAAUCCGCUUUCUAGAUUGGCCAUUCACACGCAGGGAGCGCCGCUGAUCCUGGCCAAUCGGUUUCACAAUCGCGGCAAGAUACAUAACAGCGGGAACGCUAAUGGCAUUGCUAAUGCGGUGUGCAGCAAUACGGGCGCGGUGAAUAGUUACGUUCACAAUAACGUGGCUACCGUGACAUCGAACUGUACGAUGAACAACUCGGUGAGGUGUCCACCGUCGCGGCCCCAGAGGCCGAUAGACCUCGGGAAGAAACAGCAGACGAACGCGAAAUCGUCGGACUGCACGACGGCCAAGGAAACGACGAGCACGGGAAACAACAUAGCAAAUAUCGAUUCAUUGAGUAUCGCGAGCGACGAGAGUUCAGGGUCGAACAAUUCCGAGAACAGCUUACCACGAAUCAUCAAGCCGCGAAAGCGCAGGAAGAAGGACAGAAAACCGCCGAACAACACGGUGGCCUCCGUGGAAGCGAAACACGACGAGCAACAGCAACAGUCAAAUUCGAGCGUGGCCAACGAACAACCGUGCGCGGGUUCUUUAAAACCGUACGUGCCGGCUUGUUACGAGCAACGUUACGAAGCCGCGCCUCACCUUAGAAACCAUAGAAGGCCACCCAUAGCGAGGGAAAGGACAACGGGCAGCAUGUCGGUGCAAGAGAUAGCCGACGCGAGGCAAAGGUAUCCGCACCGGCACGUGGAGGUGAAAGUGUUGGACGACAACAGAAACAUCGUUGUGCCGGCGCAAAUGCGCACCAUUCCGCCAAAGGGUUACAGACAUAACGGCCAUCACCAUCACCAUAAUCACGCCGUCAACGGCAACAACGUUCUGCGCUAUCUGCACGAAUACAACGAGCCGACGGCGACGACAGGCGGCUGCGAGGACGGCAUCAACGACGAAUUAGGGCCGUGCCAGUGCCGGUACUGCGAUCCCGCGGCUCUCAUAUGGGACGUGGAACAGAACUGUUACUCGCCCUUCUUGACCCCGUCACCGUCGACCGACUUCUGUCCCGGCCACUUCCCGCAGAUGCCGCUAUUCUUGUCCCGGCCGAGCCUCAAUUGUCCGGAGCAGAGUAUCGAGAGGCUUUUCAACGGCGAUAGCGUUCCUCGAGCCCAUCAAGAGAAAGACGGCACCGGUAGCACCGGUGUCGUACUGAGGCGCAGCUGGAGCGAUCCCACCAGUUAUUUCAGCGAGGAGAUCAGCACGCCUAGCAAAGACUUCGGCGUGAUCGGUGACAGGGGACAGGCGGAGAGCGGGAAACGUCGAACGCUGUGGCGCGGCGACUCUAUCGGUAUUCCUGUGAGUAACGUUGGACCAUCCGGUAUGGACGUGAACGGUACCACCGUACAGUCGCCGAAAGAGCUGGAGGUCUCCACGGAGAUCAUCACGUCGCCGAACGGCCACAGAGAUUUGGAGAUAAAGUUUUACUCGCCGUCACCGAACGCGCCGAUAUCGGAACAGAAGAAAUGUAUCUUCGCGGAGGAGGUGGACGAAGACGAGGAAGAUUUCAGCGACAUUUGGAGCUACCACGAGUCAAAGCUGCAACAGGAUUUCCGCACGUUGCUGCAAGCGGAGGAAUGAACAACACGGGAUCCGAGAUUCUCUUUCGAUGUGUCUGCUGGUCCGACUCGUUACGGUGCAAAGAGAGAACAUUUUCGCGUCUGUCCGUGUUUGCGAACGUUCCUUCUUCUUCGAUUCGCGUGCGCGCGUACGCGCGAGGCUAAAAGAAGAAGCAGAGUAGCAGGGAGCGUGAACACGUCGACUGUGCGAGCGAGAGAGAAGGAGAGAAAGGGAGACGCGUGAGUGCGAGCGAAAGAGAGGUGGCCCUGUAGAUUCAAUUAGUUCGUCGAUAGGGAACAAAGCCGAACGGACUUGCGUAGACGCGUGCGCGACCGCGUGAGACGAAAACUGCUCGAGUUUCGAACGGUAGCUAUCCGUUUCUGCGAAAAACCUUCGCUCUUUUUGUCCCAAGUAACGCGCGUCGCUGUAAUUAUAUCCUACUUCCAUCUCUUCCCUUCCUCGGUCUUGUUCCCGCGAUGACGCCCUCGUUGCCAGCAGUCCUGGGUGAAACGACGAACAAGUGUAACUGACGGUAACGAGCAAAGCUACGUGUCGAACGAUUCUUCUUCCUAACGGUGUACGUUGUAUACACGUAGUAUACGUGAUGUGCGUGCACUCGUGAAGCACGCACGAGAGUAGGUCUAAAGGAUCGUACCUUGAUGUCGGGAAUACACGCGGUCUGCUUAUCGAUGACAACAUGCUACUAAUAAACGGUGGUUGGCUCGUGUCGUCAAGCGAAUCGACUCAACGAUAAAGCCGGUGUGUCGACUACCAACCUAAAGCUGAUCGCACGAGAGAAAGAUUCCCUGUAAUCGCCUCUUUCUCUCUCUCUCUCUCUCUCUCUCUUUCUCUUUCUCCUUUUCUUUCUCUCUUUCUCCUCGUCCUUCCCUUCUCUCACCUUCCUUCGCUUUCUUUCCACCGACUCCUGUUUCGCGUCGUACGAUCCCAACCGUCGUCAACGUUUGCAACGAGAUAACGCUUCCCCUCGCCGCCAACCACCGUCACCGAAACAACUCCUAGAGUUGUGACUGUUUAAAUCGUAACGUAGUAAUUAAACGGAACGAUGAAUCGGCCGCUGGUCGCCAAGAGAGUUCGCGUUUCCCGUUUUUCCUCUUUUAAUCACGCGAUGCCCGACAGUUUUCUCCGAUCCUCCUUACCUCUCGAAUAAUUGCUUUCUCAUUGUCGAAUAUCGUUUCCUGUAUCGAAACUCGCUUUGAAUCUUCGUUCCAUAAAUUGUUUGGUCUUAAUUGUACGCCGCGGUCUUUCCAAUACGUUCGAUAUUGUUGCGUACUUUGGCUACUUGAAAAGUAGAGUCACGUUUACGCGUGAACCUUGUAACAUCGAUCCGUGUUACUAUACGAGAUACUUCGAUCAUUCCUGGAACGUUUCUUGCGGUUAGUAGUGCAGUGGCUGGCAAAUAUCCCGCGAAUCCUUUGUUCCUGCAACUAAGUUCAUGAUAAACACAAAUUCGCGGCCGGAAGGAUGGCUAGCAGUUUGAGGUUGUUUCGUGCUACUUGCGCGAUUCGUGUUCGCGUAGCCGUAGAUGCGUGAAGCAUUCCUCGUGGUCACGUUGUUGCAACGUUAGUUAAAUUUUAGUUGUAUCUAUCAUCGAGAAAUGCUAAAAUUGUCUGUCCUUUGCGAUUGGACACGCGAGAUUCGAAAAUCUCGUAAAUUUCACUACGUGUUCCACUUCGGUGUAUCGAUUUCAUUUUGCUUCGUAAUCUUUCAAAGUUACCAAGUUUGUCCGACGUUUGGUCGACGCUUACGCGUUUGCCUUUUGAUCUGUAGCUUGCACUCUGCACAAAACAAACAGAUUGGAAGGCAGACCUUGAUUCUAUUUUGGAAAGUGUUAGGAAGUAAGUUGGUUAACAUUGGAACUUGGUUAGAUGUUCGCUGGUCUCUGGUUCAGCCAGGACCUUUAGUAUCUUUAGCGUACAAUGUUUGUUAACGUGAAAAUUUAUCGAACAGAGUUACUCGUCUCCGUGUCGCAGUUACUUUCCGCGCGACUCCACGUUAUUACAGGGCCACGUGAUCCAAUAGACGUAAGACGAAACGUGGUCUUCAAUUAUCAUCGGCCGUGACCUUAAAAUGUUUUAUCGUAGGAAAAGGGCAUCGCGUGAAUUUUCGUAAGGCGUAAGACGCGGGGCACGGUGAAAAGCCAAUCGAUCGAUCACGGUUUGCGAGCUGUGCGUCGAUUGUAUCGAUCGCGAGCUUCGCGUGAUUUUGUGACACAGCGUUGCGAUAACGCUUCUCACCCCGUGCUCGACGAUCUUGUUUCUCGACCCGGCACGAGACCAUGACGAGUCCGCGAACUUUCAUCGUUUCGUACGCGAAAUCAGACAGAAAAAAAAAAACGCACGUUCGCAUAUUUAACAAACAUACACACGCACACACACACACACAUACAUACACACACACACGUAUCCAUUACCCACCAUCCUCUUUCGUUUAGACUGUAAGCCUAGAUGUUAAGGCGAUUCACUUAGAUUAUCACCGUUGUCUAUAUGUGUAUAGGAGAAGUCGCGUAUUAAACGGUCCGCCUUUUAUUUACCAUUAGACUGUUAGGGGAUAUUAGAGACGAUGCGGCAAUUUCGAAGGCAACGAAAGAGCGUGCCGCGAGAAUCACCGACGACUAAUUAGGCUUAGCGCGUGCGUGCUUCGCGUCCGGGGUUCAACCAACGAGACGCGCAAUCCAACGCGAAGAAUUAUAUUAGCAAUAUUUCUCUCUUGCUCUGGUCCUCAUCGUGCAUAGCAAGUUUUAUUGCUAAGUAGCAACAGAUAAAUAUUGAUGUUGACUCUUGUUAAAGCAGCAACAACCGCCGUAUCACAUACCAAGCCAAGAGAUAAUCGUUGCUGCUUUAAUAACAUCGUCGUUCGUUGAUAUUUUUCUUCGAGUGUAACGCCGUUUGCACGGUAUCACGUUCGCUGCUGUGUAACCAAACGCGUGUCUUACCCUGCCUGUAUAGUGUUCACCAAUAAAUUCGCCACCACGUUCUUCCUUCAUUUUUCAAUGUAUCACGCAUUCUUUUCUUUUCUACCGAGCAGUGCAUCGUUCGUUGGCAGCGUCCGUGGAGAAACGAUCGGAUGGCACUUGCAAUCCGCCUUUCCGGAAUAGAGGUUUUUCGCUCGAGAACGCAUCACCGCCGCCGCCAAUCCGGAUACAUGUUGCGGAACGAGUUCGUAGUACGAUACAGCUUCGACGAUGAUACCGUUCGCCCCUCCGCCCCCGAAGCUUGUCCAUUUAUUGUUUUCACAAACGAUGAACGGAGGAAAAUUUAAUUUAUUUGCGUGGAAUCGUCGAGUCUCUUUUUGCUUACGGAACAGAGCCGCGGUAUACAAACCUGGUGCGUUGUCUCGUAUACUGUAUGAAACGUUCGAAGGCUGCAGCUGGAGAAACGAAAAUUGAUAAAAGCGAUUCGAACGUAUCGAGAUGAAAAAAGUUGCCUGUUUCGUUUUGUUAAACGAUGCCGCUGUUCCGACGGGCAGAGAUAAGAACUUAUAUUUGACGUUCAGCUUUUUUCUUUUUUUUUUUUUUUUGUAAAGAUUCUAUCGCGGACGGAAUCGCAAUUGACGAUCGGCGAAAUGUACAUUCGACCUUACUUUUAUCGAUCGUGACGGAGUUUCGACGAACGCUUUUUUUUCCGGUUUUAUUUUGCUUUUUGUGUUUGCUGAUUGUGAUCAUUUGCCAAUCGUGCUUUACGCUAUUUGAUCUCUGGAAGAAGAAAGAGAGAGCGAGAGAGAUUCGAAGAACGUCGAAAAAAUUUUCACACGGUUCGCGCGUUGUUUCUUUUUUUCCUUUUUCGUUAGAAUUAUCGACAUUUUUGUUUCAUGGAUUGUUGACUCGAGUGGAUUCGCUCUUUUUUUUUCUUUCUCUUCUUUGGAAAUUCGAUCCUUCUUCGCUCUCUCCUUCUGGAUGUAUUUAUUUUCAACAUCGUCGUUUGACGAUACAAGGUAUUGUGAUAACGAAACGAUGAUACACUCGAUUCUGCUUCGUCGUCCAGACUGAUCAACGCCGGUCAACCAAUGUCGCUACAGUGCUGUACCGCACUAACUCGAAUUACAUUGUUUGAGAAGUUCAAUAAAAGAUGUCUUUGAUUUAAUUUCGCAUAUCUCAGAAUUUUAUUAGCACCCACCUUCGAAUCAGACUUUUAUUGUCAUUUAUUAAAAAAAAAAAAAACAUGUGAAAUCAGAGAUGGCAAAAUUCAUUUCACCAGAUAAUUCGCAAUUUUCUCUCAACAUUUCCAUAUCCGUUUCUCUGCACGCGAACGUGGAACUGUUGUUUCGAACGUUUAUCGAAACGUACAUUUAUUUUCUUGUUUACACGUUCGAUAAUAACAACGUACAUAGCUUCAUCGAUAGUAAACCAUCAGUUCUAAACGUUAGCGACACGCGUGUUCGAAUAUUAUCUGCUAAAAAAGACACAGUUGAACACAGAAGAAUUUUCGCGUAUUCGCUUUUCCCACGUUUGCGGAUGACGAAACGAUAGACAUUUCCGGAAUUCUCGUUGCUUUUACCAUUCGACGAGGCCAAGUCUUUGGUCUUCAUCGAUCGUAAUUGCGCCGCUUCUCUUUGAUUCCGAGUAAAAUCGGAUUUAUGGAUUUCCCGGUAGAACACGUUUCUCCUUAGACACCGUCGACCUCUUUCUCAUCUCAAUCGAGUAAUGGCGUUGAUUGCGUGGGUUGAUAAACUGUUAUAAUUCGCCCACAUUCUAAUACGUCUACUUCAUCUUCGAACUUUUAACCGUGUUUUAUGCUGUUUAUACAUUCCUUGUCUCGUUCUCCUGAGUAUCCUCGGCAAACUCACGCACGUCGCUGCUCUUCGUCUCAAGUCGUCUGUUUGAAAACGUUGCUCGUUAGGCGUACGCGCACCACAGAGAAAUUGAAACGCUCUUUUCUUCCGUUUUACCGCGACCGAGUAUCGCGAAAGUUGUUAUCGCGAAAGCUAUUAUCGUGUCGGGUCAUUCAAUUUUUACACGACCUCUCGCGUAUCGCAUUAGCUGACAUAUAUUAAAGCAAGUGUCAGAAAUACUUGACUCAUGCACAUUAUUUUAACAGACGUUGAUUUUGCUGUCUUAACUGAAACGAAACGAGGCGAAACGUGACUAAAAUCAACGAUGACUAAUACCGAUAACAGUAAUAUGCUUGUAAUGACUCAGCCCGUAAAUGUUUCCAAUUUUUUUUCCCACAUUGUCCACGUUAUCUUCGAGUUGUUUCACGCGAACCGUCGUUUUUUCCAGUCGUCGUGUUCUUCGUUGACAAAUCCGCGCCUCUCUUUUGAUCAUCGUAUUUCCAUUCCGUUUGAUUACUCGUUUGAAUGUCGCCGUGUUCCACGUGAAUUUUACUUCCACGGAGGAAUAUCCCUUGGAAAUGUAGGUCAAAGCUAAUCACGUCGGAGAAAUUCAAAUCGUGCAGGGAACGCAUUCAGGGACUUCCUUUGACUAAGAAUUAACGUUUCUAAUGAGUUCGUUAUCUGAUCAACGUAUUGUUUGAUGAUCCACGCCGUAGGCUCGCAGUUAGCUAAUUAUUCCGUUUGACGACUACGAUGUGCCCAAUAGGGAACGACGAAGCGGAUAGUGUAUUAUCUACGCGAUAAACGUACGUGUGAUCUAAACAAAGAGAACUUGAAUUAUAAUUACAAUUUUUCACUUUCAAUAAUAACUUCAUUUCACGUCCGUCUUUACGUUCUACGUUUAACAAGAGCAAAAUGAUACUUAGGUUGAACGUAAAGUAAAGUUCAUUGAAAUUUUUCGCUUAACAAUCUUCAUUUUCUACUCCUGAAAUUGCUAGAUUCAAACCUCUAGCUUAUCGUAUUAAUUUCAUUAAAAAAUAUCAUUUGCCUUUCGUAUCAGAGAAAGAGCUGUUUCCUUUGUACCUCGGUAAUCGACAAACCGUAAAAUCCUAAGCGCGAUACGAGAAACGAUAUGUUUCAGUGCGCGACAUUGAAACGUAUUCGUCGUACACGUUGUAGUCGAAGUAUGCUUGCGGAAGUAUGAAUUUCACGUUGUUAUUAUCAGAAGCCGUGAAUGCACGUCGGUACGUAGUUGGAUCGCCGCUGUAGAAGAAGAAAACGAAAAGAGAAGAAGAAUCGUUUAGAAGCAUCCGAUCUCAUUGGCCGCUCGGACACGAGACAAAUGUAACAUUGUUUCGUAAAAGUUUAGACGAUGAAUGUGUACUUGGCUGUUAAUAUACGUAUAUUUAUUCGAUAGCGUGUUUUCCUUGGCACUGAAUAUUUGCACCAACCAUCGAAUCGCAAUAAUUCGACUUGGCUUUGGUAUCGCAUGAUAUUCACCGAAUGCGUAUUUCACGUAUCGUCGUAAUUAGCUUUGACAAUUUUCUUACACCGAACAGUAACGCUCGAACGUAUGUAAGUUAAAACAUGAAAUUUGAAAUGCGAGUUUAACACGUUGCCUGCCACGCGUGUUUUCACUGAAAUCGCCGUCAGGCCACGCGUGCCGCAGUACCGAACGUUCUCUGCCAGGUGCUCCCAUCGAUAUUUUAGUAACGCGAGUAAAUAAUUUUUUUAAUAAACCAUUUUCGUAUUACUUGUCUAACAAUUCGAUAGUUUUAUUAUUUCCUCUGGAAUGUCUUUUCAAAUACCCACGAUCCUUCGCAAGUAGUGAAAUAAGCGGAAACUUUGCUGUCACCCGAAUACGGGUGUCGUGGCAGUCAACGUGUUAAAACGUGUCACAAAAUUCGUCAAAAAUUGAAAUCGGAUUAAGAAAUACGAAAGACUAUCUGCGAACUCUGCUGCCUCAUCUUCGAGCAAAUAUCUCUUUGUCGUUAAAAGAAUAUCUCGAAUUUGAUGGAAAUAGAAUAAAUCGUUAUGGUUAAGCGCCAAUGCUCGCGUCAAUUGUACGCCAGAUUUCCUCGAAACGUAAAAAUUCUCUCUGCAAGUGGAAAGUACAGCGAGAUUCGAGCACAGAAAAUUACAGGCUCGCAGCAAGCAAGUUUAGUUCUCUGUCGAUUCGAGUACGACAUUGAGAAAUUUUCGUUGUUUGAAAGUCAGUGUACGCAUCUGAGAUGGAAGUAGAGACGCAUGCGUUGGCGUGUUUGUCAUACAUGACAGACUCGUUGCUUGUGAAAAUGUAAAUAUCUCGCGCAAGAGAAACAUCACGGAAGGAUGCCAGAGCUUCUUUCGCUGAGACACUUGGUCGUUGAGCAAAAGUUGCGCUACCAGUGGAACCGGAAACGUGUGCGUUUAACGUACUACAGCGAUUAAUCUUCGCGUUUGUUGAAGCGGAGAAAGGCGAUUAAACUGGCAGAUAAUUCGCUGUAAUGGCUCCCUUUCCGUUUUAACGAUAGGGUAUAUGGUUUCUGUCGACGAGUUAUUCCUUAUCUUUAAACUAAUAUACAAUUUUAUCGUUCUAUUUAAUCAGUGGAUUACUUAAUAUAUAUAUAUAUAUAUAUUAUGCGCGAUCUGUUUGUUCGAACCUACUGCGACCAAAAUCAGUUGUCCGGACUUCCAUUUGGAGAAUCUUUCUCAGUUUACGCGAAAAUUCAGAAAUAAACGAGAGAUCAUAGUCGAGUGUGAGACGAAUCAUUGUCGGUAUGGAACAUUCGUUGGAUGAUCGUUUACGUAGUUAGCUGUCGAUUCGUAAAAGUUUGCGCGAGAAAUUUAGUUCGUAGAGGCGCAGGAGACGAAAGACGCGCGAAGCAGAAGUGGAACAUUGGCAGGUAAAUUUUGCGAACGCAGGGUUAAGAACGCGAUUAUACGGUUUUGCGCGUUGAAGCAGUGAAAUUCAUAAUGACCAGUGACUCAUAACUGCCGCCACGAAAUUGGUACGUACGAAAGUGAAAAGUUUCGCGAUAGGUUGCGCAACGAAGAAAAACGCGUUUUAAAUUAUGACUAACAGCAGCGAGGCCGAUGAGUUGUACGGUUGAUGCGAUCAUUCUGCGAGCGUAAUCUACUGGAUCCGUAGAUUUUGUAACGGUGUAGAUGUCUGUGAUAGAAAAUAGUGUCGUGACUGUGGCAACUGCGGAAAAUCGGCUAUGUGUACGGGCGAGAGCGUAGAUUGACGCGGCGAAUGAGCGCAUUUUGCGGUGGAACAGACUUCACAAAGGAUUCUUUUUCCCCUUCGUUCGUGUUGUACAAGUGGGAAAAUAAAUGGUUUAAAAAACCACGCCUCUGUCCACAUACAAUCUGCUUCGAGAGAAACGAAUAUCGAGCAAUUUCAAUUUUCCUAGCCGCGACUCCGCCAAAAUUAUUUCUCUCGUAUUUCCAAUUCGUCUAUUUUACCACCUUUGCUACCUAACGUUCUUCGUUUUUCAUAACGGUAGAUCGACGCGACUAGCAAUGAAAAUGUUUCUGGAAAAUUUCCCGCGACGUAAUAUACAGAAUUAGACUGCAAACGUUUACGGAAAUUUAAAUUUCUCUGAACACAAUGACUUUUAGGGCCGUACGCUUCACCUGCUAAGUAUUACAAACGUUGCUAUAGUUUCGGAGAUUUUAUUUUUCCAUGUUACGCGCGUUCCCUGCAUUUUGACAGCCUUCGAUCUUUCACGAAUGCGUACAAAUCCGCAACGGCGAUCCAAUCGAUUACAAAUCGCGUUAAACUCACGUCCAAUGUGUCAUGAAAGUGAAACUUUUUCGUUAUUGUUACAUCUGUCUUUAUUCGGCUAUCUUUGAAGGAUCGUUACGUAAAGGGAACACGUUGCUGACUCAUUGCGUUUAGCAGCAGCCUAGCACGCAGCUGGCUUAUUUCCUCGAAGCAGAAUCAAAAAGAGCACAGGUGUGUGGAAAAAGAGAGUCGGGCCGCGAACGAAUUCAUCGGAGACUUCGAUCGUGGCCCAACACGGCCAAUUUGAAUUUGCGAUAUCGAGAUAUAUAUAUAUAUAUAUAUAUAUAUAUAUAUCUAUAUAUGUACACUAUGCGCACGGUGGUUUCAGCCCACUGUGAACUGUUCUCGUUGGUGGAACUAUUCAUUGAGACUUCACGUUCGAGUUUUUUACUUGUUUCAUGCCUAGAUUCUUCUCUCAACCAAUAUAAACUGUGAAGUAUACACCAAAAUAAAACAUACUGUUUGUAAA